UCUCAGUUGUUCUUGUGGGCUACGAUAUGCCUCUACACGGCGCUGGGGACCACAUUCCUUGUCAUCGGCCCGGACCGCAUCGGUCAGGCCAUGUACAACACUGCCCAGAAGAUUAGCAACUACCCACUAGGUUGGCUCAUCCUCACAGCGUCUUCUGUAAUCGCGGUCUCCUUCCCUCCGGCCGUGGGCCACACAACUGUCAUCACCCUAUGUGGAUAUGCCUACGGAAUGAAGGGGUUCUACAUUGCCGCGGCGGGUUCCCUUUUCGGCUCUGCAUUCGCGUUUGUUGUGCUUCGUUUCCUCUUCAGCAACAGGUUGCGCAAUUGGUCCGCGUCAAACGAGAAAUGGCAGGCACUUGAAGCUGUCGUGGCCGCCAAAGGGCUCCCUCUGAUUAUGCUUAUCCGUGCCUCGCCGUUCCCGCCAUGGGUCUACUCGAAUACUCUGUUUGCCGUGAGUCCCGCAAAGGCCACAUCCGUCCAAUCCGUCUCCUUGUGGCAGUUCUUCCUUGCCACCUUCGUAGUGUUCCCCAAGAUUGCCAUCUUCGUGCUCGUGGGGUCUCGACUUGCCUCACUCUCGGAUGGAGAGCAGCGAUCACAUAUGGACACCGGUAUGUCUGACGCUGCCUAA